GCACAUUUUGUUCUGUUUUGUCCCCUUCUCCACAAACGGACUUUUAUAAAGUAUUCUUUGGUGUACCUGGAAUGUUUAACUAGCAAUUUCUAUCGACGGCUUGUGGGUGUAACCCAGAGCUAGCUACACUAGUCUGAAUCUGGAUGCUUUACCUUCACGACUGACUUGAGUUUUAAACUGUGUGUGCACAUCGGUGGUGCUUUGAUUACCGGUGCUGCAUGGUCAGCGAUGCCUGUUACAUCCCAACUACUCAGGGGUUUGCCCCGUGCCAAGGCCUUUGCCUCCAAUCUGUUACCAUGCCAACACCACCAGUCCCACCUCGGUUUCCUGCCUGCCCUUAGAGGCCCGUCCCAAACAUGGCAGACACACCCGGCAGGAAGGUCCUACCAGACGUCCUCAGCGCUUCACAACUACAUCCUGACGCCCCCACAGGUCAACUCCAUCCUGAAAGCCAACGAGUACAGCUUCAAGGUGCCAGAGUUCGACGGUAAAAAUGUGUCAUCUGUGAUGGGUUUUGAAAGCAACCAGCUUCCAGCCAACGCUCCCAUAGAGGACCGGCGGAGCGCGGCGACUUGCCUGCAGACACGAGGAAUGCUCCUGGGCGUGUUUGAUGGACACGCCGGUUGCGCCUGCGCUCAGGCGCUGAGUGAGAGGCUGUUUUACUACAUAGCAGUCUCACUGCUCCCCCAUGACACUCUGUGUGAGCUGGAGGCUUCAAUGGAGGCCGGCCGAGCGCUCAGUCCCAUCCUGCAGUGGCACAAACAUCCCAAUGACUACUUCACCCGGGAGGCUCAGAGCCUCUACUUCAACAGCCUGAGAACCUACUGGCAGGAGCUAAUUGACCUAACCAGCCCUGGCGAUGUUCCAGACACCCGAGAGGCCUUACUGAAUGCCUUCAAGAGGCUGGACAACGACAUUUCUCUGGAAGCUCAGGUUGGAGACGCAAGUGCGUUUCUGCACUACUGGGUCCUGAGAGUGGCAUUUUCUGGAGCUACAGCCUGCGUGGCGCACAUCGAUGGACCAGAUCUCUAUAUAGCCAAUGCCGGGGAUGCCCGGGCCGUGUUGGGGGUGCAGGAGGAGGAUGGUUCAUUCAGUGCUCACACACUGUCCAACGACCACAACGCCCAGAACGAGAGCGAGGUCGCUCGGAUACGAAGCGAGCAUCCUCACUCUGAGAGGAAGACUGUUAUUCGUCAGGACCGGCUGCUGGGCCUGCUCAUGCCGUUCCGCGCCUUCGGGGACGUGAAGUUCAAGUGGAGCAUCGAACUGCAGAAGCGCGUUCUGGAGUCUGGACCCGAUCAGCUCCAUGAGAAUGAGCACACCAAGUUCAUCCCUCCCAACUACCACACGCCGCCCUACCUGACCGCCGAGCCGGAGAUCACGUACCACAGGCUGCGGCCAAAGGACCGCUUCCUGGUAAUCGGCUCAGACGGCCUCUGGGAGACGCUCCACCGGCAGGAAGUGAUCCGCAUCGUCGGCGAGUAUUUAACUGGGGUUCACCAGCGCCAGCCACUUAAAGUCGGAGGCUACAAAGUCACUCUGGGACAGAUGCAGGGUCUGCUCGAGGAGCGGAAGGCCCGCAUGUCCUCCGCAUUCGAGGACCAGAACUCAGCGACGCACCUGAUGCGGCACGCGGUGGGAAACAACGAGUUUGGCACGGUGGACCACGAGCGGCUGUCCAAGAUGCUGUCGCUGCCUGAGGAGCUGGCUCGCAUGUACCGUGAUGACAUCACCAUCAUCGUCACUCAGUUCAACCCUCACGUGAUCGGCGCGCAGAGACAGGAUGAUGAGUCCUGAUCUGAUUUCUCACUGACUAAUUCAACUGUGUGCCACAGAUUUAAAAACCAAGCACACCACAUGGACAAAUCUAUGUUCAGCUAUUUUUAACUAUAUUUAUGGAAUAUUAAUGGAGCAGCACGAAAGUUUAGUUUCUCAUGGAUUUAAACGGUCAUCAGAUUGGCUUAGUGGGUUUUUUUUUAUGCUGCCAGUCUUGUUGAGCAGCUGUUGUCACGCACAACAGUCACAGCGGAUGAUGUCGCACGCUUUCAUUCUCAAAUUUAAGCAAGAAGAGUUUAAAGAGCUUUGUGUCCGCUGAAAAGCGAAGCGGUUCUGGUUAGCAGGCCCGACUCUAAACCAGGCAUGAGAUCCUCUGGGCAAACACUUCCAUAUUAUCACGGUAUUAAUACACACAUUUAAUGUUUCACAUGAUUUAUUACAGAUGCACUUUUCUAUUAGAUUCCAGUUUUCUUUGAGAUCUGAGCAGUUUAGCAACAGCAACUAUUUUCACUGGUAAAAUCUUGUAACUUUAACUAUAUUAAUAUUACCUUAAAUAUUUAUUUAUGGUUUUGAACACUAGUUUUCUAGUGUUCUUUGGGCCAAAUGGGACACCAUCUUGCAUUUCUUCUCUUUAUAAAGUAUAACAAGCUAAACUUAACUGGUUAAUUAGUGGCACUGGAAGAGUUUCACAGCUUCCCAGUGGUAGUUUUAAAAAUGGUGUCUUGAGCAUGAUUUAUGCAAAGUAGCUUUCUUUCAGCCAGCUGACCAGCAUUUGCAACAACAGGUGGAGGAAGGGCAGCACCUGUGAAUCACAUUAAGAAAACUUUAAACCAGAUGAAGGGUGUAAGUGUUGAACUUUUAAAACAUUGGUUGAUCUUGAUGCUGCUAGCUGGCCCAUGCUAGCUUGACUGUUUGAAAGCUGUUUUUUCUCUGCUUCAGAUCAUUGUCACUGUCUAAUUCACAAUUGGAUAUAGUGUUUUUGUUACUAAGACUGAGUCAAUCUGUGCAGCUUGUUUGAAGGAAGUUGAAUUAUCUCUCUGGGUUUUGGAUUUUCAGUCCCGCAAGGAGGAUGAUUUGGAUCCUUUGAGCUUUAUGUUAAAUCUGAUGGGUCACAUUACAACCUAAAAGUUACAGGAAAAUAAUUAAGUAGUCUUACAUUUUAGGUCACAAAUUAUUUACAUAAUCUGAAAAUAGUAAAGUGGUAAUUACAUUUGUUUUGUUUUGAUCUCAAAUCCGUAGCUGCAGCUUUUUUUGUCUUGCCUCCUGCUUCUUUGCUUGGAGAUGCACUAAUGAAGGAGUUGUUCCCCUCUGUGAUCUAAGAGUGCUUCGACUGAAGUGACGGAGUGUGUUAUGAAACUGUAAGCAGAAGCAGUCACUGAGCUUCUUUUCUAAACACAGAGGUCAAGAAUCUACAUUAUUUUUUCCUGACAGGUCAUUACCCGUUUGUUUUGCCCCUGGAUUGUUUUAUUCUUCCUUUUGGAGGUAAAGCAGAGCGUUUUUUUUUUCUUUUACUCAUGGAUUACUGAUGUGUACAAAAAGACUGUAUAAACUGGAUGUGUUUUAAAAUCAGGCAGUUUCAACGUCAAAUAUUUAUUCUGCCUCAGCAGUAUGUUACACAUCUUCUCUGUUGUAUGUAUAAAUUGUAACUUAUGGGGGUUUGAGUUUUGUAUGUGAAAAUAAAAUGCUAAACAGAC